CCCACUUCCUUCAGCACGAAGAACCAGCCAAACGAUAGGGGCGUGAGAUGAGAUAUCUGGGUAACGGAGUGAUGUGAUCAGUGUCAGGAGAAAAGAGGUCAUUUCUCAUCAACAGAAAAGGAGCAGGAGAGGCCAACAAAGACUUCUAAAGGAAAUCCUUCAUCCUUAAAAGCAUCAGUUUGGAGGGGGGGGCAGAAAUUGUCGUGGCUGGGCUGUAGGUAACGGGUCUGUGAGGAGUGAGCAGAAGAAGAGAAAAAGGAGAAGAAAAAAAGGUCAGCACACAGGAAGGAGGAAGUGAAGUGAAAGAGCAUCUGAUAUCAUUAACUCCCUUGUUUCUCUAAAAACGGUUGUAGGUGAGUCUCCUGUAGGAGAAAUGUCACUCAAGAUUCGGAACUGGGACUUCAACCUCCGAGCUGAAGCCAGCAAGAUAGCUCGGUCUAAGAGCGUCAUGCCAGCCGACCCCUCCUCUGGCCUGGGCCAGCCUGGCUCCUCGAACUCCCUGGACAGACCACUGAAGACAGGCUGGCUGAAGAAGCAGAGGUCAAUAGUGAAGAACUGGCAGCUGAAGUACUUUGUGCUGAAGGGACAAAAUCUCUAUUACUACAAGGAUGACAAGGAUAGUACUUGCCAGGGAUACAUUGCACUACAGUCCAGUCAGAUAAAUGAACUUCCUUCGAAUGCUGAUGACCCCAGCAAGUUUCUAUUUGAAAUCAUCCCAGGUGGCUUUGGGGACCGAGAGCGGGAUUCCCACAUCCUUAUGGCAAAUUCCCAGAACGAAAUGGAGGAGUGGGUCAAAACCAUCCGCAGGAUGAUAGGAGCGCCCUCCAGUGGAGCUGUCUUUGGGCAGAAUCUUGCAGACACUUUGCUGUAUGAGCAGAAGUUCGGGCAUCACUCCGUGCCCAUUCUAGUGGAGAAGUGUGCCGAAUUCAUCCGGGAACACGGGCUAAGCGAGGAGGGCAUUUUCCGUCUGCCGGGACAGGACAACCAGGUGAAACAGUUCAGAGAUGCCUUUGAUGCAGGAGAGAGACCCUCUUUCCCAAGUGACACUGAUGUCCACACGGUGGCCUCCUUGUUCAAGUUGUACCUCCGGGAGCUUCCUCAGCCUGUAGUGCCCUGGUGCCAGUACGAGGACUUUCUGGAUUGCAGCCAGCUUCUCAGCACUAACCAAGAGCUGGGUCGAGUGAAAAUAGAGAAGCAGAUUUCCCUCCUUCCCAGAGCCAACUACAAACUUCUCAGCUACAUCUGCAGGUUUCUAUAUGAAAUCCAGCUGAACUCGGGUGUAAAUAAAAUGAGUGUUGAGAACCUUGCCACAGUCAUAGGUGUCAACUUGCUGAAACCCCGAAUUGAAGAUCCCGUCACCAUCAUGAAAGGCACACCCCAGAUUCAGAAGCUCAUGACAGUGAUGAUAAGCCUUCACAAUGAGCUCUUCCCAAAAUCCAAAGAUGUGGCUCCAUCCCCCCCACCUCAGAAGAGUGACAAUAAGAAGUCCAAUAUUCCCCGUAGCUCUGUGGGCUGGGAUGUUACAGAAGGACCCACAGACAGCGCCAAGGAUGACAUAAGUGAAAGUCGUUCUUUGUCCGAAUCUGCAGAAGAUGUGGCCAGGCUCCUAGACAGUGAUGGUUUGGAAUUGGAAGGAGCUAAUUCCCUCACUUCCCCAUGCACAGACCCCUGGACAGGCAGCCCUCGCAAGCGCACACAGACCCUGCCGUCUCGUACGUCCUCCUUUGGAGGAGAGGGCUCUAGGAAGAAUGGAAGUGGGAAGAGGGCUGGGCUUUUAGAAGCUAACCUCUGGGGCCAGCCAGGAUCUUCCCCUCUUGAGUCAGACUCUGAGAAAGGCACGCUCUCGGAGGAUAUUUUCAAGAUUCUUGACCUCCAGCGGGUCUCUCUUUACCCUAGCCUGCGGAAAACUUCUGAACGGGCUGACUCCAAAGCUCUGGAAGCCACAUCUGCUCAGGUUGAGGUGUUGCAGCCCAGGGAAUUACAGAGAUCUGAGACUGAAAAAGAGCAAAAGGCCACUACUGUCCAGAGCAGGGAGCAGGAAGACAAUGGCAGCCAAAAGGUCUAUGAAGAUCAAAUUAAUAGCCUGCAGAAGAGGAACAACGAGCUUUCGGCCACAGUGGCUGAGUUGAGGGCGUCUCUGGAAGUGGAGAAACGGAGGAAUACUGCUCUGGAGAUCCGCCUUCGAAAUGCAGACAGGGCCCGGGAGGAGGCAGAGAAACGGAACCAAAUUCUAGACUGUGAGAUCCAGCAGUUCCUCUCUAGAGAAAAAGCCACUGCUGGGCCCUCUUAAUUUCAAGGCAAAAAUACAGGACGCCUUGGCCUUACUACUGCCCCUCAAUGCAGUAUAGGCAGUGGCUCAAAAUCAGGGCAUAGAUGGUUAAUGCAUGGCAUGGAAGAAAAAUAGCAUGCAAGCAUGGUGAUGAGGUUAAAUAUAACCUAGGUUUAGCUCAUUCAAGAAUUUGUUAAUUCUAACAAUGAGAUUUAUUAAUAAAAGCUCACUUCCUGGCG